CGGCUCAGGUCAUGUGAUCAUGGCCACAUAAAUAGUGAAUCAGAAUCAAUCUGUGAGUCAGACUGCCUGAUAAUCCAUUAUUUUUUUUACUGAGGCUUUGAUGACCAGCACACUGCAGCAAUGUCAAUGAAUAUGGGAUGGAAAGACGAGGAGGACGCCACUCCAGAUAUGCAGAAGUUCUGCAAUGAGGUAAAGACAAGCAUAGAGAAGAAGCUUGGGAAGAAGAGUAUUUUCACUGCCAUCAACUUCAGAGCAGUUGACACUAAAAUACAUUACAUAGCCAAAGUGUAUGUUGGAAACAAUGAAUGUGUUCAUGUGAAAAUGUCUCAAUCUCUCCCUUGCUAUGGAGGGGAAGUGAAUCUGGAUCAGUUCCAGUAUCCCAAAAAUAGAGAGAAUGAAAUCGAACCCUUCUGAAAACUUCUGAACACAUUAUUCAGUCCUCACGGAGAGACUCAUACAACACUUUUCAAUAAAGUCUUGAAGCACAA